AUGAAUUUCUGUUCAUUGACACUGAAGUCUGCUACCAAACCUUUAUUGACCCAGGGGGUUCGUUAUGUACCAAUUAGUACCAAUGUGCGUUAUCUAUCAAGUCCCAGCACUCCCCCUCCAGUAAAGGAUCCAAAAACCAAAGCCAUGUCAAUAAUUGAUGCCCUUCCAGGAAACAGUGUCUUAUCCAAGACAGGGAUUUUAGGAACUUCUGCAGCAGCAGCAAUUUAUGCUAUCUCCAACGAAUUAUAUAUUGUUAAUGACGAAUCCAUCCUAUUACUUACCUUUGCCGGGUUCACUGCAUUAAUGGCCAAGUUCGUAGCACCAUUAUACAAGGAUUUUGCCAAUGCUAGAAUGAACAAAGUCUCAAACAUUUUAAACGAAUCUAGAACGAGACAUGUCGAUGCAAUUAAGGAGAGAAUUGGCUCAGUUUCUGAACUACAGAAUGUUGCCGAAACUACUAAGGUUUUAUUCGAUGUCUCCAAAGAGACUUUAGAAUUAGAAGCUAAGAAUUUUGAAUUGAAACAGAAAGUUGAUUUAGCUGCCGAGGCCAAAUCUGUCUUAGAUUCUUGGGUAAGACAUGAAGCAUCUUUACGUCAAGAACAACAAAAGCAAUUAACUCAGUCACUUCUUGCAAAAGUUGAAUCUGAAUUGUCAAAUCCUAAAUUUCAAGAGAAGGUUCUUCAACAAUCUAUCGCUGAUGUUGAGAAAUUGUUUUCCAAGUUGAAAUAA